AUGGAGGUUGAACGGAAUGCCUCGCUUCCUUUCAUCGGUGUUGAACUGUUAAACUUAGCUCCCAGAAUCAAGACCAAGGUCUGCGUAAAACCAACUAAUACGGGCCUUUUACUCCACUACCAGAGCCACGUGGAUAAUCGGUACAAGCGCAGUCUAAUUACCACCAUGUUAGAUCGAGCUUACCGCAUAUCUUCCGACUGGUCGUACUUCUCACAAGAAUGCGAUCGGCUUGAGACUUUAUUCCUAAAGCUUAAGCACCCGAGUCACCUAUUCAAUCUGGCUGUCAAACAAUUCGUAGAUUCCAAGGUAGUAGACCAGCAGCAAAGUCCAUCAACCGACACGACUCCAGCCCCCAUCCGAGUUGUCAUACCAUUUAAAGAUCAGGUCUCUGCUAAUAUAGUGAAAAAACGUCUCACAGACCUUAGCUUAAAAAUCAAGACCACUAUUCAGCCCGUGUUCAAUCUUUAUUAUUAA